AAGCAGUGCAUAAUAUUAGUACUGAUAAAGUUCAAUAAAUAAAAUUAAUAAUAAGAAUAAGAUCUCGUAAUUACUUUCAAAAUAAAAAUACAAUAAAAACCACUUCCCUGUUAUAGAGAAAAAUCCACAAGAAACUGUGACUUUUUUUUCUUCCCCUUCCAAUUCAUUUUUACAAACACAUGGAGAGCAUUAGCGUCCUGAUGACAUGGCCGAUGUCCAGUUACCUGGAAACAGAACUAGAAAAGCGCUUUAAGCUCUUGAAGCUCUGGUCCUAUCCUUCAUUGGCAGAUUUCGUGAAAGAGAACGAGUACGUGAAUUCAGUGAAAGCAGUGGUGGGAGACACCAGAAUCGGCGCCGAUGCCCAACUUAUCGAUUCCUUGCCGGGAUUGGAGAUUGUGUCUACCUACAGCGUGGGUUUAGAUAAAAUUGAUUUGAGAAAAUGCAAGCAAAAGGGGAUUAGGGUUACGAACACCCCCGAUGUGUUGACUGACGACGUCGCCGACCUUGCAAUUGGGUUGAUCUUGGCCGUUUUCAGGAGGCUUUGUGUCUGUGAUGGGUUUGUGAGAAAUGGGUCUUGGAAGAAAGGAGAUUUCGCAUUGACUACAAAGUUUAGUGGCAAAUCAGUUGGAAUUGUUGGGUUGGGAAGAAUUGGUUCAGCAAUUGCUAAAAGAGCAGAGGCAUUUGGCUGCAAAAUCAGUUACUUAUCUAGAACUGAGAAACCAUAUCCAAACUACAAAUACUACUCCAACAUUCUGGACUUGGCAACCGAUUGUGAAGUCCUUGUGGUGGCGUGCGCCUUGACAGAAGAAACAUUCCACAUUAUUAACCGUCAAGUUAUCGACGCAUUGGGUCCGAAGGGCAUUGUGAUCAACAUUGGACGAGGCUGCCAUAUCGAUGAAUCAGAGCUUGUUUCUGCUCUAAUGGAAGGCCGGUUAGGUGGAGCUGGUCUUGAUGUGUUUGAAAGGGAACCGGAAGUUCCUGAAGAGUUGCUUGGACUUGAAAAUGUUGUUGUUUUACCUCAUGUGGGGACUGACACUUAUGAAACAUGUGAUGCAAUGGCAGAUCUUGUUGUCCAAAACUUGGAAGCAUACUUUCAAAACAAGCCAUUGUUAACACCAGUCGUUUGAUUUUGUUAACAUGGUAUGCUAUGGUUGACUGAGUUAGAGUCUUCUAUUAAGUGAAUUUGACUUUUGAUGUAUUUUCACUUUGGGGAAACCAUUGUUAGCAUAUUAUUUAGAACCUAGCUUUUUUUA